UUCAGCUGCGGGGGGAAUGUUCCCCGAGGGGUGUCUUCAGUCCGCAAGAGCGGGGACAUCCGCACUCUGCUGGCGACACUAACUGGCGGGAGAGCGGGCAGCCACUCAGCAAUGCUGCAGCUGUAGCCUCUGGAGACUCUACAACUGACCCGGGUUUUGCGACCCGGGAUUAAUCCAGCACCUUUUACUUUUCCCCCCAUCCACAAUAUUUUUUAAAAACUCCAACAUUUCCCUUAAAAACAGCGUUUAUUUUUUUUUGGCGUUGGUUUCCUAAGGUCGACUCGCCGUGAGCUGGUGUUUUCCUGGCGGACCCAUCCGAUGCCUCCGAUUCACCCACGUGUGAGCGCGGCACAUCUCUGAGCAGUUCUGGCAUUCAGUGCACUGCACCCUCCUCACCACCUUCUUGGCGUUCGUUUUCCAAGGCGCUGCGCUGACGAUGAGAGGCUGGAGAGUGGCGAUCGUGACCACCAUCCUGUGGCAUCAGCUCGCCGUGUACAGGCAAGCGACUGCCAAGAGAUCGCCGAGGAUAAACCAGCACACCGAGCCCUACAACACCACACUCAGCAACAGCGAGGAGGGUUUUUCCCUCCAGACCCCCUCUCCCAGGCCGGAGGGUGGAAGAACAGGGCGUGGACAGCUUCAUGACUUCCGACGCCAGUGCCAGUCCUUGGUCAGCCAACAGGUGGCACCCUCGUUGCAGGGUGAGACGACCGAUCUCCCGGAAAAUCGAGAGCAUCGUCCAGUGGAUCCGCAUUCCUUCCUGAUGAAAUUUGUACAACGAGAUGGAGCCAAGAAAAACAAGAAGUGCAGGUCCAACCGGAAGAAAGUAUUGCCGAGCCUUUCCGGCCCCCCUGGACCUCCAGGACCACCCGGACCCCCCGGGCCCGCGGGAGCCGCGGUCACUCAGGAGAUACUGAUGCGUGAAUUUAAAGCAAUGGUACGAGAAGAAACAGAGAGACGGGCAGCUGUUCUGACCGAAGUGCAAGCACCAACUUCUCUGUUGUUUGGUGACAUCCAUCCAUACAAAAGAGUAGAGGAAGCAUUUCACUGCAAACUGAAAGGGACAGUUACUGUGGACAAAAGGACUCUCCUGGAGCUUCAGAACUUCCAAGCGCCACUUGCAAAAGGAGCAUUCCUGAGAGGAUCUGGGAUGAAUCUGUCAACUGGACGGUUUACAGCACCAAUAACUGGCAUCUACCAAUUUUCUGCCAAUGUACACAUUGAUCACAGUGAAAUGAAGAGCAAAGGACCUCUCCGGCCACGAGAUAACGUGCGGGUUCUCAUUUGUAUCGAGUCACUCUGCCAACGGAAUACCUCCCUUGAAGUUAUAGCUGGUCUGGAGAGCAACAGCAAAAUAUUCACAGUCUAUGUGCACGGGUUGCUUCAGUUACAGGCUGAUCAAUAUACCUCCAUAUUUGUGGACAACAGUGCGGGGGCAUCAAUAUCCAUCCAGAGUGGAUCUGAUUUUAUGGGCAUACUUGUUGGUGUAUAGCAAGACGUAUCCUGCUACGAAACAAACUUUAUUGCCAACUUUAUGGCAACCAUAAUACAAAGAAAAAAAAUCAGAAAUAGAAUUACAUAACUGUUGAGAUGAAAUAAAACUGGUAGGAUCUUACCAUCAAGAGUUCUCCCUUUGUACCUUGCCAUCUAAUCUUCAUCAGUUUUAAGUGAUCUGUAUUUCAAUAGAAGUGUUUUACUUCAAAAAUGCACACAAUGCCAAGCUUGAAGAGAAGUCUUCAUCUGCAACAUUGAACUGCAACAUAUAAAAGUGAUUGUAUCUAACUUCCAUUGGGACAAUACAGCAGAAAGGCUGGUAUUAAGCAUGUUGCUCAGAACAACAAAGAACUCAUUUUUUGAUGAAAUAUUGGCACAUUGAUUCCAAGUUAUGUGCUCAGUGGUAUGGUAUUUCUCAGCUUCAACAGAGAGCUUUCCAGCAAAUUUGAGAUGCUUCAGUGGACACUAGAUUCUGAAACAGUAUCAGUAUGACCUUUGAACUGACUGAUGUGCCCAGGAGUUGUAGAGGAACUCUAAACAGAAGAAAAUUUCCUCCAGGGAGUCUGAGAAAGAAACUGUACCCUGCCCACCAGAGCUUGAUGAGGUACAAUAAUUAUUGGAGAAAAAUUGCAUUUUGCAAAGGAAGUAUCUAGGUUAACUACAAAUUCUGAUAUAUAGAAAUAGUUAUGAGGGGCGCAAUCUUAUAUAAAGAUAACACCUGGAUUUGGAAGUGGUGUUGCAAGCAAGUUCUUUUCUCAAAAGAGAAAUAGAACACGUUUUCCCAUCAUUUAAAUGUGUGACAUUUUGACGUAAUUUCAAACAGUUUUAAACCAACCCUUUGAUAUAUAACAUCUGCCUAUUCUUGUAUAUCUCAUUCUUAGUCUUAUGUGUUAUGUAUAACCCAUUGAAUCCUUGCUUGUAAACAACUGUGAUGGGAAUGCCAAUAUUACAUAUGCCCAUCAUGCCACAAGCUGACACUCAGAUCGGUAACUCACUGGUACCUGUCAUACUAUAAGGUGACACUGUAUUAUCUCUUCCCAGCAAAAUACUCAAAAUGCUCUCCAAGGAAACACCAUCUAUUAUUUUUGCUUAACUGUUAAGUAUCCACAAAAAAAGUUGCACACCAAAUUAUUACAAAUUGGUAAAAACAAACCUGGCAAUAUCUGGCCCAUUAGUUGUGUUUUUGAUGGCUUCAUUAAAGUAUUAUUACCUCUAGAUCUCGGCCACGGGAUAAUUUUGCCUCAGAACAAUUAGAGCUUUGAAUCAUAACCACUGACACAGAGCAGCUGGCUCAUCAAACUGUUUCUGUGCUGCGGUUUCUGUGUAACUCUCAGUUCAUGCAGCUCACAACUUCUCUGAGUGCAAUUUGUCUCUCAGAAGGAGUUGGCAGAAGUCUGGUUUACCAUAGAACCAUACAGCAUAAAGCAGGCCCUUCGGCCCACCAUGUUGUGCCGUCCAUCAAACCACCCUCACACUAUCUAACCCUUUCCUCCCGCAUAUCCCUCUAUCUCACAUUCCUCCAUAUGCCUAUCCAACAAACUCUUGAACCUGUCCAAUGUAUCUGCCUCCACCACCGCCCCAGGCAGUGCAUUCCAUGCACCAGCCACUCUCUGGGUGAAAAACCUUCCCCUGACAUCUCCUCUGAACCUCCCACCCAUAACCUUAAAGCCAUGCCCUCUUGUCUUGAGCAUUGGUGCCCUGGGAAGGAGGCACUGACUGUCUACUCUAUCUAUUCCUCUCAAUAUUUUAUAUACCUCACCAUUUCCUCACCAUUGGAAGAGUGUCUCCACUCUUUGCAAACAAAGAUCUUUGAAACCAACAAUUAAAUUCUCAAAGCUUUUAUUGCAGGCAAAUGGUAAAUUUUACACCAUUGCAUUAAUAGCUUAUAUAAAUAAUAUGCUCCUGGUUGGCUACUUCAAAAAAGAUGUUACUGCUUCUGCUCCCCUGAUAUAUUUAAUUCACUGCUUUCUGCUGUACAGUUUUAACCUGCUGCUCAGAAGAACUGCCAGCUACCACGUCACACAGUUGUAAAGUAACCUGUCCUCAGGCUCACUGAGAAGUAACCCAGGAUCUUUACUGGUGAUGUGUUAAAUAUGCAUUGAAAGCACAGCUUCCUUUGUCAUGCUCACUGACAUGGAAGAAAGGUGCUCAGCCUGAAAAAUUAACUGUUCCUCUUUCCACAGAUGCUGCCUGACCUGCUGAAUACUUUGAGCAUUUUCUGAUUUUAUUUUAGAAUUCUAACAUCUGCAGUUUUUUGCUUUUCAAUCACUGAGUUAUAAGCUUUGACUUUAUCACAGUUGAGCCUUGUUGGGUUAGAAUCAGGACAUUAUUUUCAAGCCUGGUAAUACUGACUGUGUAGUUCUUCUCAUGAGAUUUCUCAGUUCUGUUCUUGCUUCCAUCUCCAGCAUGCUAUUUACACAUAGCAUUCAAUGUUUUGACUCUUCAUCCUUUUGACGCCUGGCUGCAUUCCUUUCAUUAGCUGAGUUGUCCCACUGACUCAAGAAGAAAAAGAUUCACAUUUCCUUUGGCUAUAUUGCCACAAGCGGAGUUCGUGGCCUUUCUUCUAAGACGGUGUUGCCCUCAGGAUUCCGGUUGUUACCACAGUGCGUUUAACUUCAGCACUGUGAGGGGUAAAUCGAUGUUAUGUGAACCUGGAGACAAGCAUCCUAAGGCUCGUUCCUCCACCAAAUCUUGCUCUGCUUUGUUACUGUAUCAGGUUAGACCAUGACCAGGGUUUGGGCUGCAUUUGUCCAAAUUUGUCAAUUUGCAUUUGUCACAUACCUUCAGUGUCAGAAUACUGCCUGGCCCAAAUGCUGCAGCUACGUUAUAAAUAAAAUGACUUUGUGUUGA